AUGAGGGAGCAGAGGGUGCAAAAGUUGGAGCGGCGGGGAGGCCGGCGGGGCGCGGAGCGGAGCAGCGGAGCCCGGAGCGCCGAGCAGCUGGUGCUCGCUGGAACAAACAACUUGCCACUCAAGCCCGGCCCGGCGCGCAUGCGCCGCGCCCCGCGGCAUGCCGGGACUUGGAGUCCGCGGCGCCGCCGCCGGGGCCGCCCCGCCCCUGAGGGCGCCCGCCCGGCCCCACAGCCCGCCCGCCCUCAGGGGCGGCUUCGACCGGUCGCUAAAAAAAAACAUAAAGCGUUAAAGCGAGAAUCGGCGCUGGUGAAGAUGGGAAAUCCUUGUCUAUUUCACUGUGCAGCAAAAAUAAUGGGGGAAAAAAGCGUUCACUUUGCACGUGAGUGUUGCAGAGGGAAACUGAGUCAUGGGAUGUCUCCAACGGCCCAAGAUGAGGGCUCAGCCAGCAAAGCCAUACUCCAAGUAAAUCCUCUCCCCUACAGAGCAAGAAGAGCUCCUGCAGUUGACUGCCUCAAGGAUCUGACAGGAGGAAUUGAGUGUGCUGCCAAGAUAUUAAAUGAAAUUCCCCAGAAAGACAUUCAGUGCACUAAAAGAGCCUCAAAGGCAAAAAGAGAAGGAAAUGGGCAAGGGAGGAUCACAGGGUACAAUGCCAGUGUGGACACCUCCACCCAGGAUGGCCUCUCAGGAGCUGAAAAACCUGCCCAGACCAAAACUUCCAUGGGAAGUGACAGUCCCUCGGGGGUCUGA